ACACGCACAGAGACCAGCAUGGAUACAGUGGUCGGAUUCGCUCUGUUCUUAUGUUUAAUCGGUCGUUUGGUUAAUGAUUUUAUAUCGACCGAGAUCCGACUCAUCAGAAAGAGAAGAUUAAGAAUCAGAGACUUGAUUUUGAAUUUGACAAACAGCAGAUUACGGCGCCAAAGACGAAGACAAAGACAGAUGCAGCUGUAUUAUCAGUUACGUCGGAGGCCACCCUCUGUUUGGGUCCAUCAAAGAGCAAACGAUUGGUGGACUGUUGUAGUUCCCAACUUUACAGAUGAGCAAUGGAGCCAGCAUUUCAGAAUGUCCGAAGACACAUUUCUGUAUCUUUGCCACAGGUUGCGAACAACGAUGGAGAAGCGGGACACCAACUUCCGUCUCUGUGUUCCGAUCAAAAAACGUGUAGCCAUAGCACUAUGGAAGCUGACCACCAACAGUGAGUUAAGACUUGUUUCACAUUUGUUUGCCGUUGGCGUUACUACGGUGUGGCGAUGCGUUCGGGAAUUCUGCACAGCAGUAAAUGAGGUACUCUUGCCAGAACUGAUACCGUUUCCAAAUGAUGACAAGCUUACGGAAAUGGCAUUGAUCUUCGAGCAGAGAUAUGGACUUCCACAGUGUGUUGGGAUUGUCGCCGGAUCACAUAUCCCGAACGUCCCCACUGAGUACCAUGCUGAGUAUUUUAACCACAUGGGCUGGCAUUCUAUCAUACUGCAAGGAGUUGUGGAUGGAAACGGGCUCUUCUGGCAUGUAUUUGCAGGAAGCCCUGGCAGUAUGCAUGAUGCUACAGUUCUACAUGUGUCAGGGCUGUGGGAUCUCAUAGGACAAGGACUAUUUCCUAACCACACCAAAAAUGUUGCCGGCCUUGAUGUUGGCUACUACCUUCUAGGUAAUGCUGCAUUUCCGUUGCAAAGCUGGCUCAUAAAACCUUUCCCAGACACUGGGCAGCUGACAGAUGAACAGAGGAUGUACAACCAGAAAAUCAUCCAAGCAAGCGGUGUGGCCGAAAAGGCAUUUAGUCGGCUGAAGGGACGAUGGAGAUGCCUCCUUAAACGCAACGACAGCCAUAUAGACCUUGUGAAAACUAUGGUGCUCACCUGUUGUGUCCUCCACAACUUAUGUGAAGCACAUUGUGAACAUUACAGCGAGGAAUGGGACCCUCCUGCUGCAGGAGAGCAGAUUUUAGUAGAAUUGCCACCGGAGGAAGACGCUGAAGGUGCAGCUGUGGGUGUGCGAGAUGCCCUGGUGCAUUAUAUAAACACAGACAAUUGUACGACUCUGGAUUUAAAUCUAUUAUAA